UUGUAAUCUUUUCUCAGUCCAACGUGGUUCCUUCUCUAAGUGUGCCGCUUCUUCUCUACACUUGUUUGUGGCAGUGAUGAACUCGGAGCAGGAGAGACCGUUCGUGUGCAGUGCCCCUGACUGUUCUCAGCGAUUCCCGACAGAGGAUCACCUGAUGAUUCACCGGCACAAGCAUGAGAUGACCCUCAAAUUCCCUUCUAUAAAGAAUGACAACAUGCUCUCAGACCAGACGCCGACGCCCACACGUUUCUUGAAGAACUGUGAGGAGGUGGGGCUCUUCAGUGAUUUAGACUGCUCCAUUGAGCAGGAGUUCCGCAAGGCCCAGGAAGAGGAGGACAGCAAACAGAACAUUUCUCUGCACGGGUCAGCUGGCCAGAAUCAGCACCAGCCCCACUCCCGCAUGACAAACCACGACAGCAGCAUCGUGAUCCAGCAGGCGCUGCCGUCACCCCAGUCCAGCUCCGUCAUCACACAGGCUCCAUCUACCAAUCGGCAGAUAGGACCUGUACCGGGAUCGCUGUCUUCGUUACUACACCUACGGAACAGACAGAGACAGCCGCUGCCCGCCUCCAUGCCAGGCACACUGCCCGACCCCACAAUGCCAGGGUCCUCUGCUGUUCUCAUGCCCAUGGAGAGGCAGAUGUCCAUGGGCUCCAGUAUGAUGGGCAUGCAAGGCCCCGCCCACAGCAGCUCUUGCUCCUCCCCUCACGUUCCCUCCAUGCACUCAGAGGCUAAGAUGAGGCUAAAGGCCGCUCUCACGCACCACCCAGGAGCCAUCGCCAACGGCAACAUGAAUACCAUGGGACACAUGAUGGAGAUGAUGUCGUCGCGGCAGGAGCAGGCAGGGCACCACCACCUGCACUCGCACCCGCACCAGCACCUUCAGGGCCCGCCCCACGGCUACCAGCACCACGCCCACCACCACCACAGCCACGCCCAGGCCCACGCACAGGGCGGGCACCACCAUCCACAGGGACACGCCCACCACCACUCGCACCCGCCCCACCUGCACCCCGGCCACGCCCACCAGACCUCACCGCACCCACCGCUUCACGCGGGAGCCCCCUCACAGUUGUCUCCAGCUGCGCAGCAGAUGCAGCCGACGCAAACCCUGCAGCCUCCGCAGCCCAGCGGAGGCCGUCGCAGGAGGGUGGUGGACGAGGACCCCGACGAGCGGCGGCGGAAGUUUCUGGAGAGGAACCGGGCGGCCGCCACACGGUGCAGACAGAAGAGGAAAGUGUGGGUGAUGUCACUUGAGAAAAAAGCUGAAGAGCUCACCCAGACCAACAUGCAGCUGCAGAAUGAGGUGACCAUGCUGAAGAACGAGGUGACACAGCUCAAACAGCUCCUGCUGACACACAAGGACUGUCCCAUUACAGCCAUGCAGAAAGAGUCCCAGGGGUACCUCAGUCCAGAGAGCAGUCCAGCAGGAAGCCCCACGCCAGCGUGCUCCCAGCAGCAGGUCAUCCAGCAUAACACCAUCACCACCUCCACCACGGCAGUAGGUGGCAACGCUGUGCUCGGCCAGCUGAACCACCGCACGGACAUCAACCCCAUCCACUAGAGACUGCUCCUGCCGCCCCCGGCAGGGCGUUGCCCAACAGUGCCCCCGCUGUCGCCUCGUUCAAGAUCCUGUACAGAGAAACCUCUGAUGCCUGGAAUGCAACUCUUUCUACAGUAUGUAUUUUUAUAGACUCAUUUAAUUAAUCCGUGUUCGGUUUGUCCGUCUGUUGAUUGUUGUCUUGUUUCUUAUGUAGCAAAAAAAGGGAGAUUUGCAAUUCUUGCAGCAUUUAAUUGAGAUCUUUUAUGCUUCCUACUUUUGGCAUAAACCCAAGGGACCACUGUGGUCACAGAUGCCCCGCCCCGCCCCCAAAAAAAAGAAAGGAAAACCCAUCUGACCCUUGAGGCAGCACUCAGCCUCAAGCCACACUUCUGUUACUUGUGCAUUGCCGUCUUUAUUUCCUGUAACAUCCAGCGCUACGCACUACUGUGCCCUUCAGUACUAUCGCACUCCUAUAUACCUGAAAGCGCCUAACUCUCUGUUGUACUGUAUAGAUAUGCAGUAUUCCCCACAUUGCAGCCAUGGAAUGUAAUAGCUUUGUAAAUGAGAAAACUGCCAAAUAGAACUUCCUAUUUACAGUGAGAGGAA